GUUUAAAAAACCAGUGAAAAUAUGAUCUUUAGAUUUGUAUAGAUUUUACAAUCCCUCUCUAAGAAGUCCAAAUUUUUUUAUUCAGUUUUUUACUUAAAUUCAGAUUGCAAGGAAUUUUCUAAAACCGCACCUGUAUACAUCUACGAAGUAUUCCGCAACAUUUCAAUGUGUUACAAGAUUCCUGUUUAUUUGAGACGCAAAAACAGAAUUUGUAAGAAGUUUUGACAAAAGUACAGUUCUAAUGCGUUGAUGAACUUUCUAGAAUAAAUGUUGAAAAUCAAUUUGAUUGGUUUGUUUGAAUUUGGUACAAAGAUCGAAGCUCGUAAUUGGCUCUGAAGAACGGAAGCCGGAAAUUGCGUAGUGACAGGAUCAAGGAAUUUUGGCAGGAGACGGAGAAGAAAGCAGGCAUUCUUACAAUGGUAGUGAAUCAGUAAACAUCGAUAGUGAGUUACCGGCUUUUUUGUGACGCAAAAAGAAUUUCCAAGUAAAUGGGAUCUAUCAAAGUUCUUCUGUGUUGUUGUUAAGUAGGUGUACCAUCAGUUUGAUGGUGUAGCAGUUCCUUUUUUGAUGGUAAAAGUGUAAUAUACGCUUUGUAAAAAUACUGCGUAUGUAUUUAUGAAAGCCGGCAUAGUACUAAUAUCGUAGUGAUGAAUUAAACCCAAGCCUCCCGUCUCCUGGAUUAGAAAACCUAUUUCCCGAGGUAAAUAAGCAAAUUUCUUUUGUUUUAUGGUAUUUUCAUGGUAUAAUGGUAUAUGGUGCAAUCAGUAAUUUUCCAUUGACAUUUUCCCCUUCGAGUGACGUAUGAACUACGUACGUGCUGUCAAGUGUCAUGUCAAGUUUCACAAUGGUGAAGUUUUGAAUUUUAAGGUAUAGUGACUUUUAAUAAUUAUAAAAUUCUCAAACUAAUAACGUUAAUUUCUUUCAACAUAAAAAAAAUAAAUCUUUUUGGAACUUAAAAUACAAAGAUGAAAAAGUAAAUUGUUGAACAGAACAAAGAAUAAUUUUGCUUCCAUCAUUAAAAUAUUAUUGUAAAGACAUAAUUGUAAGUUAAUGUUAAAAUCCUUUUUGAAACCUUUUGAAAUAGUUAAAAAUAAAAGAUUUACGGAAUGAUAUUUGACAGGUGACAUAGUUGUUGUUAUUUUCAAUAAUUAAGUACUACGAGGAGUAGUCAGUAAUUCUUUAAUGUAAACAUUGUUCCCUGAAUGAAUAUAAAUUUUUGUUUUAAUGCAAAUGCUAUAAUAUAUGUCAUAAUUAGGUCAGUCAGUCAGUUAUACAAGUCAUAAUUAAGUCAGAUAUCAAAUCCUCAAUGCAAUAAUAUUAUUGUUUAUCUUUUGGUGCACCAUAACCUAUGUUCAGAAAAGUAGAUGUAUUUUUUUUUACAGCUUUUUAGAGUCAAAUUUUAAGAUGUUGGAUGAUCAUAGAAAGUAAAACUCCUGGUAAGGCGCCCUAACAAAAUAUAGCCAGGAUUUAUAUUUAACACCCCAGGAUAUCUGUAAGUACCCUUGUUUAAAUUUUUGAUAGUAGUAAAUAUUCCCUAAUCCCUAACUUCUUCUUAACGAACUCACAACCUUAGCUCUCCAACCAAAACACGAGCCGCCGUAGCAAAGUAGUUUUUAGAAAUAUCCCCUAGUUUUCUCGACCCUUUUGUAUUUAAGCAGUAUCUAAAUUUUCCAAGCUUUUAUCUUCCCCCUUAUUUCUAAGUGCUACAAAAUGUCGCCCUAGAACGUGGGGCCGAUUCAUUUUUCUGCCUCUUUCAGUGUCCAGUUGUGCGCUACAAAAUAGCACCCUCAGACGUGAGGCCAGUCUCUUUUCACCCCCCAGUCAUAUCGUUAAGUUGUUCCCAAGCAGUUUACAUUUUUUUAGUUAGUCCCAACUGUUUUUCAACUUAAUUUCCUCUCCUUGCCCCAGAUUUGAGACCGAUUCUACUAUCACAACCAGUAUCGCAACAUAGUUUAGCCCAAGAGCCCCUACAUUUUUUUAGAACGUUACGAAGUGGUAUAAAAUUUUCAAUAGGAUGUGUAAAUAUGUACUCAUAGUAGUGUAUUAACAUUGUUUUUAUGUAUGUACUUAUAGUAGAUGUUAAUACAGUACCCAUGGUGAAAGCAAUAUUUAAAUUUUUUUUAAAAAAGUAUUGAUUGUAUAGACAAGUAGUCUAUAUAAGUAGCGUUGAACAUUCCAAUAUUGAAACUAUUGAUAAAGUAUAACAUUUUAGUUGUAUUUGUGCAUUUAUUCAUAAUUGAUUAACAAUUUUUUACAGAAUAACUUGUUUUUGUGAUUUUUUUUGUUCGUCAUUUGAGUAUAUGUGUAUAGUCUGUGUAGUUUCCGUUUGAGUUUUUACUCCCAAUGUUGUCUAGUUGUCCCAUUAUUUUUUUUCUCAACUAAUCUAGCUUUGUCAGUGUCAUAAAGAUACCAAAGGUUAGUUGGAGUCUGCCUGUGAAGUAGUUUGAGUGUAUCCGUGAAGUAAAGUAGUUAGUCAGUCCAAUUACUAUUUGUCUUUCCCUUCUUGUACCAGAAUAGAUCACAAGUGUAAUACUCGUGAUAAAGGAAGUGUGCUUAGUUGUCUAGGAACGCUCCCAAUAGUUAUCGGAACAAGAACCGUUGUUGGUGUUAUCCCGUGUAAGCUCAUUCGAGAAGCAAGUUUCAAUAUUAUUUGUGUUUGUCUAUCCCUGUUUUGUCUGAAAAUAUUUGAGUCUGUUGUUUCCUGUUUGUUUUGUGUACCCUUGUGUUAUUCCCUGUUAGUCCGUGUCAGUGGUGGAGUGUGAAUUUUUUGACCAAUAGUUUAUUGACCCCUCUUUUGUUUAUUGAGUGAUUGCAGACCAAGAGCAGAAGUUGCAACAAAGUCAGUGAGGUUAGGAUCUGGCUGCGUGAGAGUGCAAGUGAGGUUUGUGUUCGUUUGAUAAAUAGAAACGGUUUUUUGUCCGAAAGUCAUACUUUCUACUAUUCCCUUUGGUCUUUCCCCUGUGUGUUGUUUUCACCCCAGUUUUAAAAAUGAAGUCUACCCAAGUUAAUGAUCUGAAAACCGAUGAGUUAUCUUAUGAACUUUUCAUAAGAGGUUUUAAUGUCCAAAAUAGGACUGUUGAAGAAAAACGUAAGUUGUUGAGAGGUCAGUUAAGUAAAGAGACCAUCUCAUCUUCCAUUAAUUUGACUAAAAAUGUAGUCGAUCCUGAUCAAGAGUUACCUACAAUCCAGUCAAUAUUAGCAGAUUUGCAAAGUAUUGCGCGGGCAAUGAGUGCACAGUCAUCAAAGGCUGACUUUGCUCGUUUCAAAACAAGGUCCAGUCAUCUGGAUUUCAGAUUGGAAAAUUUCCCUGAUAAUGUAGAAGAAGCUAUAAAAGAAGUUAUUGACAACUAUAAGAUGGAUUUAUUGAUGUUGACUGGAGAUGUCUUAGAAAAGGAAGAGACAUCUGACAAUGUGUCCGUCCCAUCGACUAGUGGUACAACUUCAGUCCCCGUUGCCCCUAUUAGUUCAGUUUCAGCCCCUAUUAUACAAAUUUCAACUCCUGUUAGAGUUUCUGAUUUAAAUAUCUAA